CCGCGGCCCGUAACGGCCGGGUUUGAAUCCGCCGCGCGCCGCCCCCGGCAGCACCGGCACCGCUCCCACAGCGCCCGGGCCCCGGCAGCACCGGCACCGGCAGCGCCGCUCCCCCCGGUCCCGCUCCGAUCGGCCCCGCUCCUCCCGUCCCGUCCCGGUCCCGCCAUGAGCGCUGCGGGUGCGCGGCCGUCCCGGGCGGCGGUGCCGGCGGAGGCGGCUCGCGGAGGCUCCGCGGCGGCGGCGGGCGGCAAGGAGGUGCCGAAGGUGCUGGUGGACCCGCGGACGCGGCGCAGUUACCUGCGGGGCCGCUUCCUGGGCAAGGGCGGCUUCGCGCGCUGCUACGAGCUGGCCGAGGCCGAGAGCCGCGAGGUGUUCGCGGGCAAGGUGGUGCCCAAGGCGCUGCUGGUGAAGCCGCACCAGAAGGAGAAGAUGUCCAUGGAGAUCGCCAUCCACCGCAGCCUGGCGCACCGCCACGUCGUCGGCUUCCAGAGCUUCUUCGAGGACGCCGACUUCGUCUACGUGGUGCUGGAGCUCUGCCGCCGCAGGUCGCUGCUGGAGCUGCACAAGCGGCGGAAGGCGCUGAGCGAGCCCGAGGUGCGCUACUACCUGCGCCAGACCAUCCUGGGCUGCCAGUACCUGCACAGCCACCGCGUCAUCCACCGAGACCUCAAGCUGGGCAACCUCUUCCUCAGCGACGACAUGGAGGUGAAGAUCGGUGACUUUGGCCUGGCCACCAAGGUGGAGUACGAUGGCGAGCGCAAGAAGACCCUGUGUGGGACUCCCAACUACAUCGCCCCAGAGGUGCUGGGCAAGAAGGGGCACAGCUUUGAGGUAGACAUCUGGUCCAUCGGCUGCAUCAUGUACACUCUGCUGGUGGGAAAACCACCUUUUGAAACCUCCUGUCUGAAAGAAACGUACAUCCGAAUUAAGAAGAACGAGUAUACUAUUCCCAAGCACAUCAACCCUGUAGCUGCUAACCUCAUUCAGAAGAUGCUAAGGUCAGACCCUGCCACACGCCCGACUAUCGACGAGUUGCUGAACGACGAGUUCUUCACCUCGGGGUACAUCCCCAGCCGCUUGCCCACCAGCUGUCUCACCAUCGCACCGAGGUUUUCAAUCGCUCCCAGCGCGCUUGAACUGAACGGGCGAAAGCCGCUGACUGCACUCAACAAAGGACCAGACAGCCCUGCAGUAGAGAACUUGCCUGAAAAAGAAGAUGUAGCUGGGCUGCGGGAGCUAGGAGACACAAUUGCCUGUCAUUUAGCUGACAUGUUACAGCAGCUGACUGCAGUCAACUCAGCCAAACCCUCCGAGAGAGUGGCAGUGAGACAAGAAGAAGCUGAAGACCCAGCCUGCAUUCCCAUCUUCUGGGUUAGCAAAUGGGUGGACUACUCAGAUAAAUAUGGUCUAGGUUAUCAGCUGUGUGACAACAGCGUUGGGGUUCUCUUCAAUGACUCCACUCGUCUCAUCAUGUACAACGAUGGGGACAGCUUGCAGUACAUUGAGCAAAACAACACCGAGUCCUAUUUCACUGUGAGAUCCUACCCCUCUGCCUUGAACAAGAAGAUAACACUAUUGAAAUACUUCCGGAACUACAUGAGCGAGCACUUGCUGAAGGCAGGUGCUAACAUCACACCUCGGGAAGGAGAUGAGCUUGCACGUUUACCCUACCUCUGCACGUGGUUCCGGACCCGUAGUGCCAUCGUCCUGCACCUCAGCAACGGCACCGUGCAGAUCAACUUCUUCCAGGACCACACCAAAGUCAUCUUGUGCCCUCUCAUGGCUGCUGUCACAUACAUAGAUGAGAAACGGGACUUCCGCACGUACAAGCUGAGCCUCAUUGAGGAGCACGGAUGCUGCAAGGAGCUGGCCAGCCGACUACGCUACGCUCGCACCAUGGUGGAGAAACUCCUCAGUUCAAAGUCUGGCUCAACCCGUGUGAAAGCCUCUGCUUAGGUCUUGGUCUUGAUGGAAUCAACAUCAGUGCCAAACUGGCCUGGCUGUGGACAGGGAAGUCUGUUAGCAUCCCUCCUUGUACUGUAAGCUGCCAUCACCUGGCUGGGCUUCUGCUCCUGGGGAUGGCCUAGCUGCCCUCAGGGGAGCCCCGAUGCUGUGAGGAAUGGUCCUGUGUUCACUGUGAGCGGUGCACAGAGGGGCUUCUUGCUCCUCCCUCCCCAUACAAAGUCUAUUUUUUUUAAUUGCAUAUAUAGUCUUUUUUCAUAAUUUCCAAAAGCUUGACUCAGAACAACCCUCUUGUUGGAGGUUCUUGGGCCUUCUGAUGAGACAAAGUGUGGGGUUCUCCCCAGAACUAUCAUGUAAGUUUAUGUGUACAUGUCUGCCUGAUGCUCCAGGCUCGUUCCAUUUUGUAGCAGCGUAACUAAGAUAUUUAACAUGCCCCAGUUGGGACUGAGCAGUCAGCCUUUUAAUACUGAACUUGGUCUACAUGAAAACUAAACUUUUGUAUAUUGCAUAACUUGAUUAAAGAUUGUUUGCUGUAGU